ACAUUCAGGCCGCUCAUUAUCAUGUCAGCGUGCAGCUCCAGACGCUCAUGGAUGCUUUUCUACCUCGCUCUGCUGGUAACACUGGUGUCCCAGAGCGAAGGAGGUUGUCAGGAUACGGGACUUUGUUGCUUUGGACAAAACCAGUCAUGUAUUACUGAAGACUGGAGGAAAGAUCGCUCCUAUGGGAAAUGUUACUGCGACCAGGCAUGCAAGACGACAUUGGACUGUUGUCACGACUAUGACCUUGCUUGUCCAGCCGUAUCCUGUGUGGUGAGUGAAUGGAGCGUGUGGUCUGGCUGUCUGGAGCCGUGUAAAGCAACACUUCGCACCAGGUGGAGGCAGGUGAUUCAGGAAGCACGUAAUGGAGGCGAACCCUGUCCCGCUCUACAUCAGACCGCAGGCUGCGCAGAGUAUAAUGAUCAACAUGGUCCUUGCCUGCAGUCACUGGUCCCAGCUCUCAUCACCACGGGUGGCUAUGGAAAUGCACGGAAAAAAAGGGAGAUUUUUGACAACAACAUCGCAAGUUACUGUGUGGAGUUUGAACUGGCGUCCCUGUCGGCGGGUUGUCAACGCAGCUUCAGUCCUCACACACGUUGGAUGCGGUACCUGAAAGAGGGGCAUCAGGUGUGUGUGGAGUGCCAGCCACCAGCACUGGCCCAGGGUCAACGCUACUGCUCCGGGGACGGGGAGAACAUGGGACAGGACAGGAGGCUGUCUCUGCAGUGGCGGGCCGUGGGGAAUUCUCAGUGCAGAGGGGUGUGGAGACGAGUCCGUCGACGAGACUCCUGUUCCUGUCCCACUGUACACAGUUUUCUCUUCAUCUAACUCUCACACUUUAACCGGGUCAUG